AUGGCUUCGUGGCUGCGCAAUAAGGCACAACGGUUCGAGGGCUUCCUAGACGCUCGCAAGUCGCCGGACAACGGAACGACACGACCACCAGCUGUCAAAGCAGCGAACGAAUCGGCAAUACCGACACCGCAGAACCCAACACUCCUGCAAGCCUUUGAAUGGCACACUCCCGGCAGACACUGGAAUCGUCUUGCAAGUGUCGUAUCGGGCUUGGCUGAUAUCGGCAUCACCUCACUCUGGCUUCCACCAGGCUGCAAGGCCAACAACCCUCAUGGCAAUGGCUACGAUUGCUAUGACCUCUGGGAUCUCGGCGAGUUCGAUCAGAAAUGGACACGUGCAACCAAAUGGGGAUCUAGAGAAGAGUUGAAUGAACUGAUUGCGAAGGCCAAGAGUCUGGGAGUCCUGAUCAUCUGGGAUGCUGUCCUGAACCACAAAACAGCCGGAGACGCUAAAGAGGAGUGCUGGGCUGUCGAGGUCGACGGAGAAGAUCGCAGAAUCGAGAGGACUACACCAAAGAAGAUUGAACCCUGGAUUCACUUCUACUUCCCUGGUCGCGGAGACCACUAUAGCAGUCUGAAGUGGCACUGGCAACACUUCAGCGGCACAGACUGGGACCAGCUCGCUGAGAAGAAUGCUGUCUACAAGAUCGUGAACCCUCCAGAGACGCUUCCCCGCCCAGGAGCAGCUGUGGAUCCAGCCUGGCGCAAGAAGGACUGGGCCACUGAUGUCGAUGACUUCAAAGGCAACGGAGACUACCUCAUGUUCUCCAACAUCGACUAUUCUAACGCUGAAGUCAGAGAGGAUGUACAGAAAUGGGGAGAGUGGAUGGUGAACGAAGUCGGCGUGGAUGGCUUCAGAUUGGAUGCUGUACCUCACAUCAGCUGGAUGUUCACCCGAGAAUGGAUCCGCAUCGCAAAGGAAGCGGCCAAGCGCCAAAACCGUGAGCUCUUCGUCAUGGGCGAGUUCUACAAUGACAAAGUCGCCAAGAUUCUGCAGUGGAUGGACAGAAUGAACAAUGGAGUGUACGCCUACGACAUUCCUCUGCUGAGCAACUUCGCCAAAAUCUCCAUGGCGAAGAGCAAGUUCGACGUCGACUUGAGAAAGGUCUUUAAGAACACCUUGGUUCAUCACCGACCCGGAAAUGCAAUUACUCUUGUAGCCAGCCACGAUACUCAGCCUGGUCAGACAGUGGAAACUCCUGUUGCACCUUACUUCAAGCCUCUGGCUUAUGCAAUCAUGCUUCUUCGUCGCGAAGGUCUGCCUUGUGUUUUCUGGGGUGAUGUUUACGGCAUCAAGGGCCCUCACGCCUCGCCAGCAGCCUGUGAAGGCAAGCUACCUAUUCUAAUCCUCAGCCGCAAGCUUUUUGCCUACGGUGAGCAGACUGACUAUCUCGAAAGUAAGACUUCGAUUGGAUGGGUCCGCCAUGGUACUUGGGACAGAGUCGAUGGUUGCGUCGUCAUCAUGAGCAUCGGAGGUGCUGCUAAGAACAACAUGUUCGUUGGCCCUGCCAAAGCUGGUCAGGUCUAUACCGACGUCCUGGGAAAUUCUAGUCAAAUGGUCACUAUCGAUGACAGAGGCUACGGCGGCUUUAGAUGCUCUGAGAAAAGCGUCAGUGUCUAUGUCCGCAAGGACGCACCUGGCAGAGCAGAGUUUGGAGCUUGCCAUCCUGAAAAGUUCACUAUGCAAUGA